AGAAGCCUCAAAGAAAACAAACUACAAAGAACUAUUCGAAAAAUCUUUUUAAAGUUAAAUAAAGUUAAUUAAAAUAUCAGAUAAAAAUGCGUUUAACAAUUUUUCUUGUUGCAAUUUUUGCAAUCUUUUCAUUUACUAAUUCAGUUCCUGUUGAUGACAAAGAAAUUGUCAACAAUGCACCUGAUGAAACUUUGGAAGUAAUUGUUCCACAACGAGCAAGAUGCAAUUCAACUAGAUGUGCCUUAGAUUGCUGGCUUGCGAACUGGCGAACAGGAAACUGUGAUGGAAGUACUUGUCGUUGCCACAACUGAUACAAAAUAUCAAUAUAUUCUUUAACUUAUUAACUUAAUGUUAUUAUUCCUGAUUUUAUAAAUAAUAUUCUAAAAACUAGCUGCA